CCACCGUCUUUGCAAUAGUCAGAGCUGUUUGUUUCAGAGGUUGUUGGUGUCCUGCUCAGCGCUCGGCUUGAAGGUUGUUGGGCCUCAUCUGUAAAAGAAAUGUCUUCUGGAUUUUGUGUGAGAGUGCUUGUGCUUUUGCUGUUGACUUUUUGCCAGCAUGCGAAGGCACUCAGCUACUCUGAUUUUCAAAGAAGCCUCGAACCUGCUUCAUCUGAGAACCUGGAGCCAGCUGCUGCACCGGGUGCAGGAGGUCCUAGUGGUUCUUCUGGUAGGCAAGUAGAUGGAUACAGUCCAGAGGGAAGUGUUUCUAGUUACAGGCCUGGCCCACUGUUGAUUCAGAAAUCCAGACAAAAACUCCAGCAGCCACUUCAAAAUGACCCUAAUGCAGGAGUCCUUCAGACGGAAGCUGAAAUUCCACAGACUGAAUACCGCGAGUCGGGUAUCUCGUCAAGAUAUGGGAUUACGCUGUAUUUUCCCGAACCGGAGUCCACUUGGCAGGCCAAGCCCGAGCAGCGCUCCUACCCAGCCAAGUCCCAGCAGCUCCCCUCCUACCCAGCCAAGCCCCAGCUACCCGCCUACCCAGCCAAGCCCCAGCUACCCGCCUACCCAGCCAAGCCCCAGCUACCCGCCUACCCAGCCAAGCCCCAGCUACCCGCCUACCCAGCCAAGCCCCAGCAACGCGCCCACCCGGUUAGGCCCCAGCAACAUGCCUACCCAGACUACCUGUCCAAGCCCCAGCAACCCGCUGACCCGUUUAGGCCCCAGCAACGCGCCUACCCAGACUACCCAUCCAAGCCCACGGAGUCAAACCCAAAAAUGAAUCUUGGUCCAAGAAGUUCAAUUCCAAUGGCCUCCCCGUACCAUCCUAGGUGGAAGCAGCCACUAAUACCGGUGCCUGUGCACAGCAGAUAUCCUUAACCUUUGGUAUCCUAACUGUAAGUUGGUUUAACUUGAUGUAACAGAUUAAAAUUUCUUAAAUAAUCA